AGUGCCAUUGUACAGCGUGUCUGGUAUUGCACUUUGUAACUUUGGGGUACGGGGUACGAGACCUCUCGUGAGAACUACGUAAUGCUUUAUGGCACCAGCUCACACAACAACAUCUAGACCCAUGCGCUAGCUAUAAGAGGAAACUAGUGCAGUAUUCUCUGUAUGGACAUCAUGGCAGAGGCAACGAAGAAACCGAUGAAGACGGGGAUAGGAAGUGAAAAAGAGAGAGUAACCGAGCAAGAGGCCAUACAAGUCAGAUGCUUAGCUGGCCUUCUUUCUGUUGGACUAGUCAGUGAUAACUUAUUCGCUUUCCUGCUAUGUCUUGUGUUGUCCUUGCUUGAUGUUUGACUGUGUUAGGAAAGUUAUCGACUCGCUAGAUUUCAUCAUUAACAUCCCUGCCAAUGUUAUUUAUGAAAAAAUGUGAUGUAGGCAGUAACCUUAUACUGGUGUUAUCCCUGUUUCACGGAGAUUUGAAGUUUUUCCAGAUGUCCAAAAUCAUCUUCCUGUCCUGUCUCAGACUAGCAUCCAAAUACAUUCAUGUCACAUCAAAUUUCUAUCUGUCAAUCCUGCACCAAUAAGCAUUGGCUUUGUCUUUCUUUUUGCAUAUAGACACUCACUUUUCAGAGAAAACAUCCUGGUUGUAAUCAAAGAAAUUGAACAAAUCCUUUGAUAAAUUGUUAUAACUGUGCUGUUAGGGCUUUGCUUCAAAUGUACCCUUUGUUCAAUGUCCCUUUGCCCAUGUGUGAACUGUGAAUAGACAUAAGUACUGUUCUUCCGUACCCUGAACCACUUUUCUAGGGACCUUGAUGAUGUUCAUUCUUAUAAUAGUCAGUGCGCAAAAUGCUUUUUUUGCCACUAAUUAAUUGGAUUUCAAUUAAAGAAAUGGGGUCAUGGACAUAUCCAUGGAUCAGUUUAUUUCAGAAAUGAUGCUGGGGAUUGGAAUGUUCCUUCUAUUCUUACUCAUCUGGUUAAACUAGCUUGUUAAAGAGCUUGUGGGCUCUUUGCCGCUAACCCAUGCUAUCCAUCGGGCUCUUUGCUGCUAACCCAGGCUAUCCCGUGGGCUCUUUACUGCUAACCUUUGAGCUAUAACGAGCCAAGCUCGAGAGUGAAGAGAGAACUGUGUUUGUGGCCACCACUAUGUCAGGCUUCCUUAUUGUGUGUACUUUCAUUUCAGCUUAAGAAUGUUUGUUUGAUUUGUUUUUGUCUUUUUCUUUUUUCUUCAGUUUUGUGAAAAAUCAGCUGCCUAUACUUGAAAGAUGGAGGCCGACUACGGGAGUGAAGACUCCUCGCCACACGAGAGGGAGCAAGAUGGACAGAAAACUCAUUAUGGAGAGAAGUCUCAGCACUGCUCAGUGUGGGAGUGUGGGAAAGCUUUUUCCUGCUUGUCCAAGUUGAAACGACACCAGAGAAUCCACUCCAGAGGGAAGCCUCAUGAAUGCCAACAGUGUGGGAAAAGCUUUUCUCAGAGUGGCAAUCUCACGACCCACCUCAGAACACACACUGGAGAAAGGCCUUACUAUUGCUCUGAGUGUGGGAAGACUUUCACUUCAUCUGGCAAUCUUAAAAGUCACCAGAGAGUACACACUGGAGAGAAGCCAUAUCCCUGCUCCGAAUGUGGAAAGUGUUUUCCUGUGUACAGCGAACUUAAAUCUCACCAGAGAGUACACACUGGAGAGAAACCAUAUCCCUGUUCUGAAUGUGGAAAGCGUUUUUCCCAGUCUAGCGGACUUAAAAUCCACCAGCGAAUACACACUGGAGAGAAGCCAUAUCCCUGCUCUGAGUGUGGGAAGACUUUCACUACAUCUGCCAGUCUUCAAACUCACCAGAGAAUACACACUGGAGAGAAGCCUUACCACUGCUCUGAGUGUGGGAAGACUUUCACUACAUCUGGCAAUCUUCAAACUCACCAGAGAAUGCACACGGGAGAGAAACCAUAUCCCUGUUCUGAAUGUGGAAAGUGUUUUUCCCAGUCUCGCAACCUUAAAAUCCACCAGAGAGAACACACUGGAGAGAGGCCAUAUCCCUGCUCUGAGUGUGGGAAGACUUUCACUACAUCUGCCAAUCUUCAAACUCACCAGAGAGUACACACUGGAGAGAAGCCAUACCCCUGCUCUGAGUGUGGGAAGACUUUCACUACAUCUGACAGUCUUCAAACUCACAAGAGAGUACACACUGGAGAGAAGCCAUACCCCUGCUCUGAGUGUGGGAAGACUUUCACUACAUCUGGCAAUCUUAAAAGACACCAGAGAGUACACGCUAGAGAGAAGCCAUACCCCUGCUCUGAGUGUGGGAAGACUUUCACUACAUCUGUCCAUCUUCAAAGUCACCAGAGAGUACACACUGGAGAGAAGCUGUAUCCCUGCUUUGAGUGUGGGAAGACUUUCACUACAUCUGGCAAUCUUCAAACUCACCAGAGAGUACAUACUGGAGAGAAGCCAUAUCCCUGCUCCGAAUGUGGAAAGUGUUUUUCCCAGUCUAGCCAACUUAAAAUCCACCAGCGACGACACCACACUGGAGAGAAGCCAUAUCCCUGCUCCGAAUGUGGAAAGUGUUUUGCCCAGUCUAGCGACCUUAAACCUCACCAGCGACGACACCACACUGGAGAAAAGCCAUAUCCCUGCUCUGAAUGUGGAAAGAGUUUUACCACGUCCAGCGAACUUAAAACCCACCAGCAACGACACCACACUGGAGAGAAGCCAUAUCCCUGCUCCAAAUGUGGAAAGUGUUUUACCCGGUCUAGUCAACUUAAAAUUCACCAGCAACGUCAUAAUGGUGAGAAGCCAUACCCCUGCUCUGAGUGUGGGAAGACUUUCACUACAUCUUGCAAUCUUAAAAGACACCAGAGAGUACAUACUGGAGAGAAACCAUAUCCCUGCUCUGAGUGUGGGAAGACUUUCACUACAUCUGGCAAUCUUCAAAGUCACCAGAGAGUACACACUGGAGAGAAGCCGUAUCCCUGCUCUGAGUGUGGGAAGACUUUCACUACAUCUGGCAGUCUUCAAACUCACCAGAGAGUACAUACUGGAGAGAAGCCAUAUCCCUGCUCCGAAUGUGGAAAGUGUUUUUCCCAGUCUAGCGAACUUAAAAUCCACCAGCGACGACACCACACUGGAGAGAAGCCAUAUCCCUGCUCCGAAUGUGGAAAGUGUUUUUCCCAGUCUAGCGAACUUAAACCUCACCAGCGACGACACCACACUGGAGAAAAGCCAUAUCCCUGCUCUGAAUGUGGAAAGUGUUUUACCAUGUCCAGCGAACUUAAAACCCACCAGCGACGACACCACACUGGAGAGAAGCCAUAUCCCUGCUCCAAAUGUGGAAAGUGUUUUACCCGGUCUAGUCAACUUAAAAUUCACCAGCAACGUCAUAAUGUUCCAGGAGCCCCUGUCCGACCAUCUCCUUCGGCAGAGUCUCCUGUUCCUCCCAAGGACCCCUCAACACUGCAAGUACCAUUGAAGGUUCUGAUACUACAGCUGGUGGACUGCCGCCAUGUACUGGGACGGAAUAGCACAUUGACACUACUGGGAAGAAAAGAACCGAGGCCGUAGUGAUGACCAUCCAUUAGCAUCAAAUAUGUAUCCCAAGUCCCCUUCAAGGAAAGAUGAAGCUUAAAAAACGAGAAAAACUACAGAGGGGAAAUAUGCACAAAUUGAAAUAUGCACACACAUUAAGGGGAUUGGUGAACUUUAUCUCUGCAGUUUUAGUUUCUAUCUUAUGCAUUUCAUGUAUUCUAUUUUUUAACACUUUAUGCACUCUAUCACAGUUUUACGUUUGUUUUAUGUGAAUCACUGUGCAUAUAAUGUCUUUGUGUACUUAAUUUCUUUGGUGUUAAGAACUUUGAGCUGCAUUUUUUUGUACGAUAGGUGCUAUACAAAUAAAGUUUUGUAUUAUUAUUAUUA